AUGAACUCCAACGCUAAAAGCAUCAUGCCUUGCCCACAAGUUGAUAUCUGGGAUGUUGAAAGUUUAGUAUCUGAAGAGACUGAUGGAUCAGGGCCUCAGGCUCCUAAGUUCACUCAGCAAUUUACAAACACUCUUAAGCACAACAAGGGCCAUAUUAGGAAGUCUGACUUUGAUAAAAUUUCCGGUUGCUCACCAGAGUCUGAAGAAUUAUGAGAAGAUAGCAGCCCUCAAUCAAUUAUUGUAGAAUUCUUGCCAAAGAAAGUGAGGGUAGGAGCCAAACGUAAGCUUAGAGAUUACAGACCUGGAACAUACAACGCUAAAGCUCCAUUGAAAUGGGGACAACUUGAGCUCCCUGAAAAAGGCUCGGAUUAUCUAAGAAAGUUGCCAUCUGAAGAGAUCCUCAGAGCCAUGUUGGCAUAACUAAUUGUACUAAAUAAAUUUAUUUAUUAAU